AUGCAUGCUGUGAAAUUGGAAGAAAAGGAUACAGCCAAAGGUGCCAUUGGAAAUACAGAAAUCGAUAUAGUUACCCAAGCGCCUGGUAUUGCGCCGACUAUCCCCACAGUUGAUCACGUUGAAGCGCCUUGGAGGAAUACAUCAAGAGAUGACUUGAUAUGGAAAGGAGUGUCCAAUUGUCUGGCAGAAACAGGAUGUGAUAUGGCCAGUGACGACAAUGGAGCUACCAACAACGAUGCCGAGGACAAAAUGCCGGAUCGCAGAAGAACCCCCGAUGUGUUGGGGAUUGCAAAUCAAACUUAUAUGAUAUCGCGAAGAUACGCUGAAAACCCAGGUAUCAAGACUCGCGCGAUUCAACCUAUGCCAAUCAGGCGGGCAACCACAACAGCAGACGAUAAGAAGCAGUUUGUCAGUGAAGUCACUGAAGCUGUUGAGUUACAGAUUGGGAGCAUACGAAUACGGAAAGCUUUCUAUGUGGCAGAUGCAGAACAUGAUAAUAUGUUGCUGGGUGCACCCUUCUUCGCCUAA